AUCAUCAGCGGCGAGCACCCGAGUGACGUCAGAGAUGUAAACAAACAGGGGCAGCAGCAGCAGCAGCAGCCAUUUACAGAAACCACAGAAGAAGAGUGGACUGUGUGACCGUUGAGUAUCCGGAGCUCUCAGGAGAUGAAGGACCCCCGGCUCAGCAGUCAGCUGACCCUCGAGGAUGAACCCUUCGCUGAGUUCCUGUGGAUGGAGCACGAGGAGGAGUUCAACCAGCAGGUGGAGGAGGAGCUGUGGGAGGAGGAGUUCAUCGAGCGCUGUUUCCAGGAGCUGUGGGAGGAGGAGGAGCAGAGGGAGAGCUUCAUCCCCUCCAGAGACCUCCCCCUCCUCCAGGUGAUCGACGCAGACGUCCACGCAGACGCAGACUUCCUGAUAUACAGCAGUCUGAACCCCAACGCCAAGGAGUUCACCCCGGGGAUCCAGAAACACGUCAUGUGACCCAGGAAGACAUCAUGUGACCCACCAGCCCCCCCGAGUGCCAAAGUUACUGCAGAACAACUGUCUUUCUGUCUGUCUGGACACCUGUCUGUCUGUCUGUCUGUCUGAACACCUGUCUCUCUGUCUGUCUCUCCUGUCUGUCUGUCCUGUCUGUUUGUCUGUCUGUCUCUCCUGUCUGUCCGUCCGUCUCUCCUGUCUGUCUGUCUGUCUCUCCUGUCUGUCCCUCCUGUCUGUCUGUCCCUCCUGUCUGUCUGUCUGUCUGUCUGUCUGUCUGUCUGUCUGUCUGUCUGUCUGUCGUCGUCUGUCUGUCUGCCUGUCUGCGGUAACCCUCUGAAUGUAUCCUCUGAGGAGUUGAAGUUUUAAGAACUGUUUCCGUUACGAUCAGCUUUUCUUUGCACUUCUAUUUCAUAAAAGCUAAAGAGAACGCGUCCAGAUUUCAGACGUUGUUUGUUGUUGGGAGUUUGUUUUUGUCCCAGAAUCCUUUGUGUCGGACCCUCUGCUGCCUCAUGAACUGACCUGUUUGUUUGUUGUUUUUUCUAAAUGCACAUUAAGUACUGUAUAAAAGAAUCAUAAGAAAAAAAGUUGUAAAAAAAGAUCUAUUUUUUCUUAAUGAGAAUAAAUGUUUACGGAGAAAAAGUC